UGAAGAACAGAUACCGUAUCGGCCCAUUCGAAGUUGAAAGUGCUCUGAUGGAACAUCCAGCUGUCGUUGAAGUUGCUGUUACAGGCAGUCCCGACCCUUCCCGUGGAGAGGUUGUAAAAGCUUUCAUAGUCCUCAAGGAUACUUAUCGUGAAAAGAACGAACAGCAUUUGAUAAAGGAACUUCAAGAUCAUAGUAAGCGAGUGACAGCACCCUAUAAAUACCCAAGAAAGAUUGAAUUUGUGAAAGAAUUACCCAAAACAACGAGUGGGAAAAUCAAGCGUUUCGAGUUGAGAGAAAAGGAAUGGAAGAAAAAAUAAAUGCGCAUGUUACAAAUUGCAUUCUGAAUAAAAUAUAUGUUUUAAAAAAUUUCUCAACAAAAUAAAAAAUAAAUCAUAUCAUUAAUUUGA